AUGAUGAGUAAGUGUAACAAAAACAUGCCAAGAGCUCAAUACAUUGUGGAAAUGGCAAAGCAACAGGCGUUAGAGAAGGAGCCAGACGAAGAUGGUGGAUUAAUUCAAGAGUCUCCUUUUCGUCUUAAUAGGAAUCAGAGGAUUUUAGAUUGGCUACACGCUGAAAGUUCCAAUAGUAAUGAUAAUUUAUAUUAUCAUCCUCCUUCAAUUCCACAAGCUAGCAUACUCCACACAGAUGACCUAACUGAAAAUGAUAAACAAAAUGGUACAUUAACUGAACUUAGUCCAGUAGUUCUUGAAUAUUUUCAAGACGAUGUUAAUUCUGCGUCAAAUUUAGUAUGUAGCGAAAAAAACAAUGAUGGGAAUUUUUCCGACUUUUCUCAAGAUGAUGAUGUGGAAGAUCCCGAUUUUAUACCAAUCGAUGAAGGAAAACAGCAUAAAAUAAGCAGUUCUGUAUUGGUAGAUGUUACGGAAAAAGCAACAAAUACCAAUUAUGUGGGCCGGCGCUCUGAUUCAGCGUCAGUUGAAGAGAAUGAUCUACAAAGUCCAGAAGAAAAUGUACAAACCAACACUAGUGAAACAGAUUUUAAUCUUGAAACAAAAAUUGAAAAAACCAGGAAACGACAAAGAUAUGAAGGUAAAUGGCAAAGAAAUAUUAAAAAACAGAAGAUUAAUUCAGGACAAGAAUACAUUUCAAGGCUAGGUAAAAAACAUGAAGCUAAAAAAGUUCUACCUCCAUGUGACAGUGCAAAAUGUAAAUAUAAGUGCACUAAAAGUAUUUGCGAUGCCGAUAGAAGAGAACUUUUUCAAAAGUUUUACAGACUCUGUGAUAAGACCCUCCAGAGGGAGUACUUGGCAAGAAAUAUAGAAAGAAUUGAGCCAAAAAAUGAAAAAGUAUACAAAAAGAGACAGAUUACUUGCGCCUAUUACUUUACGACAAAUAACCGAAAAAUUAGAGUAUGCAAGCUUUUUUUUAGAAACACGCUAAAUAUCUCAAAUAAUUCGAUUGACACUGUGCUGAAAAAGAAAAAUGAGUUUGAUUUUCUAACACCUGAAAAAAGAGGAACUCAUUCCAACAGGGCCAAUAAGGUGGAUGAUGCUCUAGUGAAAGGAGUAUUUGAUCAUAUUAAUUGCUUCCCCAGAACCGAAUCGCACUAUUGCAGAUCCUCUACAUCGAAGGAAUAUCUAGAAGGCUCCCUUAAUAUUAGUAUUAUGUAUAGAUUGUACAAAGAAAAAUGUCUGGAGACUCAUCAACCAUUCGUAAAAGAGCACUUUUAUAAAGAAAUAUUUAAUACUAAGUUUAACCUAGGCUUUUUUAAACCAAAGAAAGAUUUAUGUUCGGUCUGUGAGACGUUUAAAAACUUAAGUGAAGUGGAGAAAGAAAAUAAAAAAGAAGCAUUUCAAACACAUACUAAGGAAAAGGCUUUAGCAAGAAUAGAGAAAGAUUCUGAUAAAAAUUUUGCUCUGAAUGACAAAAAUAUAUUGCUCUCUGCCUUCGAUUUACAAGCAGUUACCCCUCUACCCAAUGGGAAUGUCUCGACGUUUUAUUAUAAGAGCAAGCUAAAUGUUUUUAAUUUUACUCUGUUUAACAUUCCAGAGAAAAAAGGAUCAUAUUGGAAGAAAAUAAGCUUUUUAAUGGGUAGUAACUUUAACAAAAAUGAUGAAGGAGAUAAGGUGACAUGGAACGAGAUAAAAAUGAUAAGAGUAAAGAAACAUGAAACAAAUAAAAUAUUUUACAAGACAUCUUUUACCCAAGAUAAUUUUAAAGUUAUAAACAUAAGAGAAAAAACCCGGAAAAAGCAAAUAGAAAAAAUAACACUAGUUCCAGCAUAUAAUAAACCACCGAAUAUACCAAAUAAUAAAAAAGAAGAUCUAGUUAGCUUGUGCAAUGACAAUUUGGUGCCCAAAAGACACCACCAAUUCUUCAUGUCGUUAAAUGGAGGUACCACAGCUAACCCAGAUGAUUCAGAUUAA